GACACCGGUUACCGGAGAGCAGGAUGACGACCAAAAACCCGAAGCCAGCCAACCAUCCAGCCAGUCAGUCAGUGGCGCGAGAAGAAAAAGCCGAACCCGAAGCGGCACACCGACGACACUGCUAGCCGCCCAGCUUCCGAGCUUUCCGAGUAAAGCAGGCUUUUCCCCCAAUACGGGUUUUCCCUCUAGUUUUCCCUGCCCGGCAGGAAACUAGUUGAUGACGUUGCUAUCGGUGUGUGCCCGAGUCAAUCUGUCGAUUCGAGAGGAGCAGGCGGAAAAUCGGAGAAAGUGUUCGCUCGGGGUUUUUCGGUGUCACUGGUGUGUUUCGCUCGCUCUCUCUCUCUCUCUCUCUGGUGCCUCCUGUUUGGGUAAUGACCACGGUACGCUCGGUACGGCCCUAUCGGUCCGUGGUCAGUCGAUCCGUGCCCGUUGCACGACCCAAACGCGUAAACGCACCACUCCGACAGGGGAUUGCCUGUAUUUCGCUCGUGUUCGGGAUAUCGCCCAUUCGCGUCCGGGAAAAGCGUGGUGUAGUGCAAAUAAAUUGGAAGACGUGCGCGAUUCCAGACGCAAGGCGUAAACAACAACAGACGACGCAUCGCACGGUUGGCCAACGCAAGUGACUUUCGAUUUCAAGUGACCGAUACGGUUUGGUGACGAAAGUGUGUGUGUGUGUGUGUGUGGAGUGUGAAUAAGUGUGUGGAAACCCCCCCUCUAACCCUAACGACCGUCUUAACCUAAUGUUGUGAUUUGGUGGGCUAACAGUGGAUUGGGGACGUCCCGGAGCGACGACGAGAACAUCAUAUCAAUUAAUGUCACCCGGGACACCAUCGAAAGCAGGGGUUGGACCAGACCCGUGGGGGCAGUGAAGGAGGGCGGUGUAGGCCGCCGCGCGCGCUCAUAAACGCGACAAAAAUUAAUGUGUCAGAUGUAAGUGCGAUGUUUGCCGCCACCGAUUGCAUUCCACGGUGCCGCGCAUAGUUCGUAGUACCAACCCGGGGCGAACACCCCCUCACAAAACCCUCGCAUAUAUAUAAACAUACCGCCUCCAUCCGCUAACCCAAAUCGAAGUAGGCCUCCCACACCCCCUCCCCGCUCCCCUCCUCCUCCUCCUGACCUGGCGUGCGGGUUUUUUGGGGGAUAUAUUAGUGAACGCAAUAAUUGCAAAUUAGACUAGCGCUAGCCCCCGAGGGUGAUGCAUCAUGCCUGCGGUGCGUCCUUUCGUGUAGCGCACGACAGUGAAAUUGAUUUUGUUUACGUUCGGCGUAUUUAUGGCGCACGGUGCGUCGGAUCGGGCCGCAGCAAACAAGGGUUGUUAAUAUUUUUAAUUUCAAAUCGCGUUACAACACCGAAGACCUCCGCCCAGACUCUCGCCGAUAAACACCGGGCAAAGCGCGGGCAUACGCACGUGCGCGGGUAUGUGUGUUCCCAUUUCGAAGGGGUUGAAAAUAACGAUUUCCCCUUUUUUAGUUUACAUAUUUAUGCGUCGUGCAAGCUGUGCCGCCACGCACGCUGUAUCGCGCGAGAUUAUCGGUUCGGUCGUACGCGUCCCAACAUUAGCUCCCCUGCCUAUCAGCCUGUUUGCCUAACCUUCUCCUAAUCAGUGUAAGUGUGUGUGUGUGUGUGUGUGUAAUUUUGUAAGUGUGAUUGCGUGUGUUGCUAGAGCACGGGCACAACAUCUCGAGUGCAAUUCUGUGAUUGCCCAACCACCGCAAAAACCGCAAAAAAACAACAACAGCAGCACCGACCAACUAUCAACCGACCAUAACCUCACACAUCCUGAGGACAACACAUUCGCUCCUUCAUAUCGUGCGAGUCCUCCAAACUCCCUCGAAGCCUCGUAAGGAUCUCGUAAAAGGGGCGGGGGCAGGGGUGGAAUGAUGUGUGACGGCACUAAGGGCGAAGUUUGCAAAUCUCACGCAAUCAACACUCUCCCAGCAACCAAACCAACAGCAAGAAAAUAAACACACACACCCACACAACAACCCGCAAGAGCUUACACGCUCGCUCGCCACCGCUUGCGCUUCCGUUUCCUCCACAUCCACAGCGCAUCACCACACAGCAGCAGCAGCAGCACGCAAACAAUCGAGCCACGAAUGACACCGGACACUGUUGGUGACGGUUUGCCAUCGGCACUCACCCGACUAUGGCCGCCAUCUCGCUGAAGGGUAGCAAAACCUGGCCAUCGAUACUGCAGCGGAUCGACGCGAAAGGGCGUACGUACAGCUUCGUCGUGCCGACCACAAUCAACACCACCACCAUUACGGCGGCUGCACCGGUGACCGCACCAACACACCGCGACACGGCCAAAGCUCACAAAGUCGGUGGUGCCGAUGGACGGGCGGUGGAUGGAGCACACGAACCAGCAGCGACCACGUCAACCACUAAUGGCGGUACCACCGCCAUUAUCGCGAACGUGACCUGCAACGAGCAUGGCUGUCUGUCCGGGCAGGCCGCAGCCAAAGCGUCCACCCUGCGCCGCCACUACUAUCCGGAAGGCUCAUGGGGUUGGAUAGUGCUGGCGGUCGGUACACUGCAAGCGAUCCUCAACCACGGUGUACAGCUGUCCGGUCCACUGUAUCUGCUACCUGCCGGCGAACGCUUCCAUCAGCCAGCAGUCAACAGUUGCGGAUGGCUGGGCGCACUGUCGACCGCGGUAGCACUCUUCAUAUCACCCAUCACGAUCGCAGUCUGCAAACGCAAGUCCACCCGGCUGACCGCGGUAAUUGGUGGACUGGUGACCGCCCUCGGUUGCCUCUUCACAUCCUUCGCAUCGCAGUUUCACCAACUGUUCUUCAGCUACGGUGCCGUCGUAGGUGUCGGUGUGGGGAUGACGCGCGAUUGCUCCACACUGAUGGUGGCGCAGUACUUCAAGAAGCGGCGCGAGUUCGUCGAGAUCUUCAUCGUGUCGGGCAGCGGGCUUGGCAUUGCCGUCAUGUCCAGCUUCAUCAAGUCGGCGAUCGAUGCGAUCGGGUGGCGGUUGGGGCUGCAGGCCGUCACCGGCACCGUGUUCAUCACGUUCAUCCUCGGCACCUGCUACCGGUCCGCGUCGCUCUAUCACCCGCAGCGGCGUGCGAUCCUGCAUCUGAAGAACCAGAAGCGGAAGAUAAAGGACAAAAACAAACACGACGAUCGACCGCCGUUCUUCGACUUUAGCACACUGCGCAGCAAAACCGUGCGCAUACUGCUCGCGUCGACCGGCAUUGGUGCGUUCGGUAUCAACACACCAAUCUUCUACCUGGCACACGAGGUGCAGAAGGACGGUAUCGGUGAUAAGGUGAUGAUCCUGCAGAUCUACCUUGGACUCGCCUGGACGCUCGGAUGCACUGCGUUCGGGUUGCUGGUCGUGCGGAACAGUGUCGAGUGCCGUAUCGCUCGUCAGUACCUCUGCCAAACAGCCAUCUUCAUGUGCGGCGUCUGCAUACUGGCACUGACGGCUGUCCACGGCAACUACCACGGGUACGUGAUGUUCGUCUGGAUAUACGGUAUCUUCUGCGGUGGCUACCACUACUCGCUCAAGAUGUACACGUACGAGAAGGUGCGUGCACGCAACUUUGCCCGUGCCUGGGGUUUCGUGCAGUUUGCCCAAGCGAUACCGAUCGCGCUCGGUGUACCGAUAUCCGGGUACAUGAACGAGAGUGGUUCCGGUACGGCCGGCUAUUACUUCAGCUCGGGCUGUGCCAUCGUCGGCAGUGUGCUCAUGUUUCUGAUCGAUCUGCACCGGCGUUCGGUUUCGCGCCACAAACACACAAGGGCGAACGGUACACGCCAUCUGUGCGUCUCGGAAACCUGCCCGCAACGUCGCAAACUCUCCUUCUCGCAAGAGCCCGACAACGAACCGGGCAUUAUCACUGGCAACACGGCGAUGAUGAUCGGUCCGGAACUGCUCAUCCCGCCGCUGAGCGAUGGCAUCGUGGAACCGAUCAACGGACUUGACAAGCCGGAGCUCACCUGCAUCUCCGAGGAGGGUAUCGCCGACAUGGACCUACCGGACAAUCUGCUGGACGAUCUGGACUAUGUUGGUGAUUGCAUUACCUCGUGCAAUAAGGUGGAAAACUAUCUCAUGUUGAGCGAGUUCGAGAACAACCUCAGUGCCGAAGUUCCUAUCCUGCUGGACAAGCGGGGCCGCCGACUGUCACUCUCCAAAACGAAGGCCCUCCUCGGUGGACAUCUGGGUGGGGCCGGUGGUACAAUACUGGCGCCCGGUACACAGCACCAUCCCGAAUGUCCCGUCGAACAUUCGCUCGGCCAACCUACCAAUGCGCUGCCGGGUGAUGCAAACGGUCUGUCGCUGCUACACCCCCAUCAGGCACACCAUCACCAUCACCAGCAACCGGUGAACGGUGAUCUGGGGAAAAACGUGGCACCGGUCGUCACGAAAACGGACGCAGCGCCACAGAACACGAUCGGCGGUGGUGGACGUGGCGGGGACACCGGCGGCAAACCGAUGGUGGCCGGCAAUGGGAGCGGCAAUAGCAGCACACCCAACACCCUGCAGCCCCAGCAGCACUGCCGACUGAACAGCAAAUGGCGCCCGAGCCAGCAGGUCGGGUUUCUUAACAACCGCGUUAUAUCUGUGAUCGAUGAAGCCUCAGUAUAGGGAAAGCAGGCACGCACUAUAAGCGUGACGGACUAUUAAGGUAUAGGAGUUGCGUUAGAGAAAGAAGAAGAAACAAACGCGCGCCAGACGCACACAGUGUGCCACAACACAGGGCGGGAAAGAGAUAUGGGGUAGAAAACGUAAAAUGGGAGAGGAAGGCCAAUAAAGAUGGCUGACCGCCAAUAAGUAGAGCUAACGAGGCACUCCAAAUUCACUAUCUGUACAUAGUACUUAGUAGUGUAGCUUAUCGAUGUAUAAUCGCUCCAAGGGAUGGAUCGCUGCAUCGUCCUACCUUGCGUUAGAUGCGUUACUAGCUUAAGUUUGUAGCUGCGAGUGUGCGCGAGCGAUCCGUUUACACACAGCACCGUUUAACUUCUUCAGAGAACAAUUGACUGAUUGAUUUUGUGCGUGUUGUUGGUUUGCUUUUCUUUAGCACCAUUACGGUGUUUUUCAUGUAAACGAACGCUCACAAAAAAAAACAAUAGUUGUUAUCUCAAAAUGGCGUCUGCUUUAUGAGAUGAAAAACACUGUACGGGGGGCUAUUACAUGUAGGGUUUCAUUUUGUUUUUCCAUCCCCCCUCCCCCCGAUUUCAAACGUUCUCUUACACUAGCUCUCUUUCUCUUUUGGCAUCAGAACACUCGUUCUCACUGUAUCUAAGACACACACACACAUACUCUCUCGAUUGUAGAUGAUCCUUUUGGAAAGCUAUCUGUCUUUUGUCCUUCUACAGUUUUCUCUCGAUCCCUAUCUCUCUCGCUCUCUAUCUAAAAAACCUAGCCCGACUGUAGUAGUGUCUUCCUGGGCCUCCCACUUUCUCCCCCCCCCCCCACCCCCCCUAAAUUAACCAAAAGAUGCUAGCAAUCUUAAUACAUACACACCAGACACCCAUAGACACGCGGGAGAUGAUUGAGCAACUAUGCUGUGAGGGAUGAUCGUGCACAGAGUAAAAUUAUUAUAUAGAAAGGAAAUAAUCCAUCCCUCUCGCAUCUCGCUCUCCCUCCCUUACACGUGACAGAGAGCACGUGGUAAAAAUAGAAUGAUGAUAUACACAACAAAAAAGGAAAACACUUAUAGUAGGCGUUUUACAUAUUACAACACUAGAGUACAUCUACUCGGCAGCCAAAACGCAACACACAAACGAAUGCAUACAUACAUGGCAGUGCAAUCGAGCAUACUACUUGAUUGUAGCGUUUUAAUAAAAACCAGACGAAACCAAA